CAGAUUCUUGGAGUUACUGCAUUACCAUGGCUGACGAUGCACCAAGGUGGCGGGGCGAGGCCAUUGAGAAAUACUAUCACAACCCUCCUAUAGCAUCAGUUCUUUGAAGCCGACUACAAAGACCAAGCUGCAGAUCUUCUUCUGUGUCUUGCAGUUCCCUGGCAUGACCAAUGGCUCUUAUGAGAAGGAGCACAAUAUCUGUCUUUUUGGUUCGCCUCCUGACCUUUGCCAUCAGUACCGGCGUGAUAUACCACUGCUUGGACAGCAGCAGAAAGCAGGAUGCAGGACGUGGCAACAUCACCAUUCUGCUGUGGCACUGGCCCUUUGGACACACCUACAAACUGCAGGGGGACGUGUGUAGGGAGAAUUACGGUGUCCCUGGCUGCCACCUGGUGGACAACCGCAGUCUAUACCAUCAGGCUGACGUGGUGGUCUUUCACCAAUAUGAGCUACAAACAGGAAUCUCCAGGCUGCCCCUUGACCAGCCUCGUCCGACAGCCCAAAAGUGGGUGUGGCUCUCCCUGGAGUCUCCAUCCCAUAAUGGGAACCUGAGACCUUAUGGGGGCCUCUUCAACUGGACCAUGACAUACCGGCGUGAUGCAGAUAUCUUCACGCCUUAUGGGGAGCUGGUUCCCAGGACCACUGAAGGUGAUUAUACUAUCCCCACUAAGCAUAAACUGGCCUGCUGGGUGGUCAGCAACUACCAGCCGACCCACAAGAGAACUGAGGUGUACCAGAGUCUGAAGAAGCUGAUCCCUGUGGAGGUUUAUGGACACUGGGCUAAGAAGCCACUAAACUCUGACCAGCUCUUACCCACUGUUUCUCGAUGCUACUUCUACCUGGCCUUUGAGAACUCUGUCUAUAGAGACUACAUAACAGAGAAGCUGUGGUACAACGCCUUCCUGGCCGGCAGUGUGCCGGUUGUACUGGGCCCACCCCGAGCUAACUACGAGGCCUUCAUUCCCAAAGACUCCUUCAUCCAUGUGGACGACUUCAACUCUACUGAAAAGCUGGCUGAUUUCCUGAAGCAGCUGGCCACAGACAAAGAGCGAUAUGGGUCAUACUUCCGUUGGAGGCGUGACUAUGAUGUUAAAAUGUACACCAAUUGGCAGGAGAGGCUCUGCAGAAUAUGCGGAAUACAUGAACACCUGCCUCACAGAAAGAUCUAUUAUGACCUGGAUUCCUGGUCCAGGCAUGAACUGUGACCUUAACGUAGGACAGCAAGAUGGAAACCUGGACUGCUUAGCACUAUUCAUCAAAGUAGCAAAUAUAUAUUUUUUACAGCAAAAGAAUUUAACAUUAGUAUAUAUGCUAAUUAACAUUAACGCCAUUAUUUCUUAUAUUCUCCAAAAAGUUACUGAUAUCUUGUUGAAUGACUAGAAGAUUGUUUCAGUUCCAAAAGCUCUCUUUGUUUUUUGUUAAAUUUCUCCACCAGCUAGUUUAAUUUACUUAAUUAAAUAUGCUGAUGAGGUACUGAUUAGCCAGACAUGGCAUGCUAGUCGUUGAGCUAACGGGUACAUGGGUAUACUUGACGGUGGCUGCAGAUAAAGGGGUCACUUUUCAGUGUGUUUUAAAUGCUUAAUUAUGCUAUCACACUUUGGCAGAUAUAUAAUAACAAUUUUACAUCAACAUAAGUAAUUAUUCCAACAUAUGAAGUUAUAUAUCAAAAUAAUUUUGAAGAAAAAGCAGUGGGAUAUUAUAUAUGUAUUAUAUUGUAUAGAUUAUACCAGUGGUUUUCAACCUGUGGGCCGCGGCCCCCUAGUGGGCCGCGACGGUAUUGCAGGGGGGCCGCCAAUUAUUAUUAAUAGAAAUUGUAAUAUUGUUAAUAUAAUAAAAAAUGUCUAGUCAAAAUCAAAUAAAUCAUAAUUUGAUAUAUCAUUUAUUCCGUUUAUUCAAUACAUUACCAGUUUAUUCAAUAAAGACAAAUAACAGCCUUGCUUCCGAGUACUUAGUUAACCCGACACAAAAAGCGGGAUCGUUUAAAUUCUUUUGAAGUGGGCCGCGGAAACAUAUGUGUUUGGCUGUGUGGGCCGUGAGUUAAAAAAGGUUGGAAAC